CUCACUAUUUUUGAACAAUCGAUAGCAGACGGCAUCUUUUUGAAAGCGGGCUUCAUUUCAAAUUUUAUCAACAAUCAUUUUAAAUUUAACGACGAGGCGCUAAUUUGCUGAACGCGCUCCGUUAAUUGUGUUAAGUGUUAGUCCCCGUGUUGAUGGCUCUCGGGCGUCAUCAGUUAGUGUCUGUUUUAACUUAGAGCAAGCGUUUUUUGUUGAGUCUUGCAAUGAGCGCAUUCGAGAUCACGGUGACGCCGUCGCGUCAGAAGCAAAAGAAGCGGGUGGAAGGACGCGAGCCCGCGGUGGUGGUAAUGGCGCCGUUUUCGGCCAAGGCGAUUGUGCAGUUCGAGGAUGUGCCGGUGACCAAGACAGCCAGGCGUAUCGUCCGCGUCAUCAACCCUAGCGACGAUGACAUUGAGGUCAAGGUCACGAAGGGAGUCCGCGAGGAGCACAACCUCAGCAUUGAGUGGAUGGAGAACACUGUGCCCGCCCGCGAGGAAGUUUCCAUGGAGCUGGUGUGGAAUCCACUCCUAGAGGUGGCCUGCAAGGAGACCCUGCAGUUGAUCGACGACAGGAAUUUCCGCAAGGAUGUUAUGAUCAUCCUCAAGUCUAAGAGCAACCAGCCCGUCAAGAACCCGCGCAAAUUUCCCACCGUGGGCAAGACCCUGCAACUGAAAUCGCCAACGGGCGCAGCAAAAAGCAUGAAAUCCGUUGCCGCAGCUGCUGUGCAGCAAAAGAAGCGCCUAUCCUCGGCGGCAGCUACUUCUAAGCAGGGCUGGCGUUCCAGCAGUACCUCCUCACGGCCAAGCCGUGCCAGUAUAGCCCCUCAUCCAGUUCCUGCUCCUCUAAUGGAGAAGAAUGUCUAUAACCCACCGGCAGAAGAACCUGCUUUCAUCUCACCUCAACCAAGAAGCCUCAAAGAAAAUCUCAGCCCUAUGACUCCAGGAAACCUGCUCAACGUAAUUGAUAAUCUUAAGUUUACCCCGCUUACGGAAACGCGGGGAGUAGCACCAGAUGCUAUUAGGCCCGACAACCUAGCAGCAUGGCCCACGCCCAACCUGAAAGACGGCACCAAGUUAAACGUGAGCGAGAUGCGACCGCGUCGCCUCAGUCCCGACGAACUGGAGGACCAAAUAGUCACCGUCUCUAAUAAAACUUUUGACGUGAAACAUUCCGAGACCAUGAAUAUAUCUGUAGACACUUUGGACUGCUCCCGAUCCGAGUUGCUGAUGCAGACUCCCUCUGGAAUGGUGUUAAACAAAACCACAACCAUUGUCCAUGCCACUCACGCACGAGCUUUGGAGUGCAUUCACGAGGAAGAGGUCUCCUGCCCACCUAGAGAGGCGUCGAAAGGCCCUAUCCAGGAUCUGAAGAGAGACAUCAAAAUGGUGGGCUCUCCAUUGCGUAAAUAUUCAGAGUCCAUGAAGGAUUUGUCUCUGCUCUCGCCCCAAACCAAGAUCGCAAUCCAGGGAUCUAUGCCAAAUCUAAAUGAGAUGCAGCAAAUCCGCUCCAUCGAGCAAAACCGCUACUAUCAGGACCAGCAUCCCCAGGUGAAACCCAAGUGCCUGAACAGCUCCUCGAGCAGCGAAACAAGUUUGGUAGGACAGCACGAUUUUCAUUUCAACCAAAAUGAAAUCUUGGCUCAGUCUAGUCGUUUUAAUCUCCACGAAGUGGGGCGCAAGUCCAAAAAAGGAAGCCCGAGCAAAGAGAAGCAAGCCAAUUUCAAUCCUCACAAGCGACGUUCCCACGAGUUGAGUUUUUCCGAUGCCCCCAGCACAGAAUCUCUGCACCGGAACGACACUAUGGCAAUAUCUCCUCCCAAAAAGCAACGAGUGGAGGAUAUUUCUUCGCGUAGAAGUCCAGCACCAGCAAAUGCUUCUGCUCGAAGUGGUGGAACUCAUGCGUGGACCCACACGCAACCGAAAAAGUUUAAGUUGGCGCAAACCAUGUCGUUGUUGAAGAAAACUGCAACUCCUCGGAAAACUAAAAACACAUCGUUCACAGCUCCUGUAAAACUCUACGAUUCUGAGUUGUACAUGCAAACGUACAUCAACCCCGACCCCUUUGCUGCCACUACCACGGCGGACCCUUUCUUAGCCUCCACGAUGUACCUAGACGAGCAGGCAGUGGAUCGCCACCAGGCAGACUUUAAGAAGUGGCUGAACGCCUUGGUUUCCAUACCAGCCGACCUAGAUGCCGAUUCCAAUAGCAAAAUCGACGUGGGAAAGCUAUUUAACGAGGUGCGAAAUAAGGAGCUUGUGGUGGCCCCCACAAAGGAGGAGCAAUCUAUGAAUUAUCUUACUAAAUACCGUCUGGAAACUCUUCGCAAAGCUGCGGUUGAGCUGUUCUUUAGCGAACAGAUGCGUCUGCCAUGCUCCAAGGUAGCCGUCUAUGUCAACAAGCAGGCUUUGCGCAUCCGAAGCGAUCGUAACUUGCACUUGGAUGUGGUGAUGCAGCGUACAAUCCUCGAAUUGCUGCUUUGUUUCAAUCCGCUAUGGCUGCGCCUCGGACUGGAAGUUGUCUUCGGCGAGAAGAUCCUGAUGCAGUCGAACAGGGAUAUUGUGGGGCUCAGUACCUUUAUUCUGAAUCGCUUGUUCCGCAACAAGCUGGAGGAGCAACGUUACAGCAAGGCCUACACUCUCACAGAGGAGUAUGCGGAGACAAUUAAGAAGCAUACGCUGCAAAAAAUUCUAUUUUUGUUGCUCUUCUUGGACCAGGCUAAACAGAAGCGCAUCGUUAAGCAUAACCCUUGCCUCUUUGUGAAGAAAUCGCCGCACAAGGAAACCAAGGACAUUCUGCUGCGAUUUGCCUCGGAGCUGCUUGCCAACAUCGGGGACAUCACUCGGGAAAUGCGACGCCUGGGAUACGUGCUCCAGCAUAAGCAGACCUUUCUGGACGAAUUUGACUACGCCUUCAACAACUUGGCUGUUGACUUAAGGGACGGCGUUCGUCUGACCCGUGUAAUGGAGGUCAUCCUUUUGCGGGACGACCUAACCAAGCAGUUGAGAGUUCCGGCCAUAUCCCGGCUUCAACGUAUUUUUAAUGUAAAGCUGGCUUUGGGAGCCCUCAACGAAGCCAACUUUCAUUUGGGGGGCGAUAUAGCUGCUCCUGAUAUUGUUGAUGGCCACCGAGAAAAGACGCUUUCGCUGCUCUGGCAAAUCAUAUACAAAUUCCGCUCCCCCAAAUUCCAUGCGGCCGCAUCUGUUCUCCAGAAAUGGUGGCGCAAGCGUUGGCUGCAUGUUGUCAUUCAACGUCGCAUCCGCGAAAAGGAACUUAUGCGCCGCCACAGAGCAGCCACCACUAUACAGGCCGUAUUCCGCGGCCACCAGAUGCGCAAGUAUGCCAAGUUUUUCAAGGCAGAGCGCACGGCAGCUGCUAUCGUCCUGCAAAAGUACACUAGGCGUUAUCUGGCCCAGAAGCAGCUUUACCUCAGCUACCAUAGCAUUAUCACAAUUCAACGCUGGUGGCGAGCGCAGCAGCUGGGGAAGCAGGUGCGCCAAAGGUUCCUGGAGAUGCGCCAGGCAGCUGUUUUCCUUCAGCGCAUCUGGCGGCGUCGUCUCUUCGCCAAGAAGCUGCUUGCUGCGGCGGCCACUGCAAAGCUUCAACGUUCCCAGAAGCAGCAGGCCGCAGCCAGUUUCAUUCAGAUGCAUUGGCGCGCUUAUUGGUUGGGAAAGUUGCAGCGGAAGAAGUAUCUGCGCCAGCGCGAACUCAUCGUUUUUGUUCAAAACAGAAUGCGAGGCAAGUGGAUCAUGCAGAAGCAGCGUAAGUCUUUCCUGGACUUAAGAAAAGCAGCUGCGAACGUGCAGCAACGUUGGAGGGCUCUGACCUUGAUGAGGAAGCAAAGAGCGGAUUUUUUGCGACUUCGCACCUGUGUAAAAAAGAUUCAGAGUAUUCGGCGAGCUACUAUCCAGAUGAGAUCGGACCGAAGCAUGUACCAGGCUACCAAAAUCAGUGUCGUUCGCAUCCAACGGCGUCUGAGAGCCACCUUGCAAAUGCGCCAGGAAAUGAAAAAGUACCACCAGCUGCGAGAGGCCGCUAGGGUUAUUCAGAGGCGCUAUCGCUUGCUCCGUGAGAUGCAUAAGGAUCGCCGGGCGUACCUCAAAGCACGACAAUGCAUCAUCCACGUCCAGCGGCGUUGGAAAGCCACUUUGGAAACGCGCCGUCAGCGACAGAGUUAUCUAAGACUUAGGUCCACUGCAGUUUUUAUUCAAGCCAAGUACCGCGCUAAACUCGAAAUGAAGAAGCGAAGUGAGGAAUUCGUUGGAUUAAAGAAAGCGACUCUGGUCAUUCAGCAACGUCGAAGAGCCCUUCUUAAAAUGCGAGAAGAGCGACAAAGAUUCCUCAAGUUACGCGAAUGUACUGUAAAGCUUCAAAGACGAUUCCAUGCCGAAAAGGCCAUGAGAUUCUUGCGGGCAAAAUAUCGGGGCACCUUAGCUGCAGUCACCUGCCUGCAAAUGCACUGGCGAGGAUAUCUCCUAAUGAAGCUGCAGAGAACCCGUUUCCUGGAUCAGCGUCAGGCAGCAAUCACACUGCAGCGUCGCUACCGGGCUCGUUUAGCCAUGAUACAGCAGAGGAACUCUUAUGCAAGCCUUAGGCAGGCGGCUAUCACCAUUCAAAGACGCUACCGUGCCAACGUUGGGAUGCGCAAGCAUCGGGAGCUGUAUCGAAUCCAACGGGAAAUGAUCAUUAAAAUGCAGCGACGGUAUCGUGGAAAACUUCAAACGAGGAAACAGAUGAAAGUGUACCAAGAGCAGCGAGAAGCAGUUAUUCGCCUGCAGCAGUGGUGGCGCAGUUUGCGCGAGAUGAGACAACUAAGAUGCGGGUACCGCAGGAUGCGAGCCAGCUCUCUGAGCAUCCAACGAAAGUGGAGGGCAACUGUUGCCGCCCGUCGUCAGCGACAGAUCUUUCUUACCACCAUCGCCAAGGUGCGACUGAUGCAGCAAUUUAUCCGAGCCACCCUGCAGAUGCGAAAGCAACGCAGACAAUUCGAGCUGGAACGGAGGGCGGCCAUAGUACUGCAGCGUCGGUUCCGUGCCCGUCAGGAAAUGCUGAAGGCGCGAAAAGAAUUCCAAAAGCUUAAGUCGUUGGUGAUCACGGUGCAGCGAAGAUUUCGUGCGACUCGAUGCAUGCUGAAGUAUCGGCAGGCAUUCCUAAAACUCCGCAACAUCACCAUCCAUUUGCAGCAAAAAUUCCGCGGAAAGCAGAUGAUGAUAGAGCAGCGGGCGCAUUUCCUUUUAUUGAUUCGCAGCGUUGCGGAAUUCCAAUCGCGAGUUCGAGGCUUCUUAGCACGCAAGCGGUUCCACGCCCUCAUGACUCCCGAGAUGAAGGAUCUGAUCCGGCAAAAGUGCGCGGCGAAGGUGAUACAGCGCUACUGGCGAGGCUAUGUCAUCCGAAAGCGCCAGCGGCAUCAGGGCCUCGUGGCCAUCAGACGCCGUAUUGUCCAGCUGAGGACAGAGGCCACUGUUGUCAACUCUGUGCGCUGCAAGGUGCAGGAAGCGGUGCGAUUGCUGCGAGGACGCUUUAUUGCUUCGGAUGCUUUGGCUGUGCUAAACCGUUUGGAUCGUUUAUCCCGCACUGUGCCUCACCUGCUGAUGUGGUGCUCGGAGUUCAUGUCGACGUUCUGCUAUGGAAUCAUGGCCCAAGCUAUUCGCUCGGAGGUGGACAAGCAGUUGAUCGAGCGGUGCAGCCGCAUUAUCCUUAACUUGGCCCGCUACAACAGCACCACCGUAAACACAUUCCAGGAGGGCGGUCUGGUUACCAUUGCCCAGAUGCUGCUGCGCUGGUGCGACAAGGACAGCGAAAUAUUCAACACCCUCUGCACCCUCAUCUGGGUCUUCGCCCAUUGUCCCAAGAAGCGAAAGAUCAUCCACGACUACAUGACCAACACGGAGGCCAUCUACAUGGUGCGCGAAACCAAGAAGCUGGUGGCCCGCAAGGAGAAAAUGAAGCAGAAUGCCCGCAAGCAUCCUCCCGUCCCCACGGGCCGGUACCAGACGCAACCGAUGCCGAAUUUCUCGCAGCGCGCGUUGCCCAGCCUGGAGCCGGACUUUGGCAUCAUCCGCUUCAGCCCCUACACGUUUAUAUCCUCCGUUUUCGCCUUCGACACCAUUCUCUGCAAGCUUCAGAUCGACAUGUUCUAGGAUUAGAUUCUUUUCUAUGUUAAGUGUUUGCAACGUUUCUGUGUUGUGUUAGUCCAAUGUUAAGCAAAUUUGUUGAGUCGAUUGGUUCUCUAGGAACACUAACUGAACAUUGAGUAAGCUAAGCUAUCAUCGCGGUGUUAGAUAU